UGACAGGACUCGCCAAGAUGUUAAUAGAAAGUGAGGGAGUAAUUAGAACGUGGCAAAAACUAAAAACCGCCCUGGAAGAUGAAUUCUCCGAUAAGGUAAAUAGUGCCCAACUACACGACAUGUUAGUUAAGCGCAAGUUAGAGAAGAACGAAACGGUACAGGAAUACUACUUAAGCAUGAAGGAACUGGCGUCGCGUGGCAAGAUCGAACCAGAGGCACUAAUCCGGUAUGUAAUAGACGGUAUUCCAGACGAUACGAAUAGCAAAUUGAUACUAUACGGAGCCAGCAAAUUAGAAGCUUUCAAGGAAAAAUUAAAGACGUACGAGGAGAUCCGCAAACAGAAUCAAGAGAAGACGAAGAACGACCGUGAAAGGGAUAGGAUGCCAAAGAAGAAAGAGACACCGAAAAGACCCACGACACCCAAGAAGACAGAAGAGAAGGAACAGGAUGCGGACGUACGCUGUUACAACUGUGGCGCCAAAGGACAUAGGUCUAAAGACUGUAAGAAAAAAGAGUUAGGUAAAAAGUGCUUUAAAUGCCAGAAAUUCGGGCAUACGGCUAUUCAAUGCGAUGCAGCAGACGCGAGUAAGACGGAAGAAAAACGAGUACCCGUUAAUACGAUUACCACCCCACAGGUAAAUAAAAUGUCUAAAAAAGUAAUUAUAAAAGGCUUACAUUUAGAUGCGUUGAUUGAUACGGGUAGUCAAGUAACGAUAAUGCGUGAAGAUAUUGCCACAGGAUUUUCCUAACUCCGUCUCUACUCUACGGAAAGUCCGUAUCCGUGAUAUCCUGUUCGGAGCUUCUGGUCCGAUUAUGUCCCGCUAGCCCGCGAUUCCGUCGUCAAUCGGCCGGGGAGCGUACGGCAAACUCUGGAUGGUUACUUCGCGAGGCGCUCGGUAUACCCGAGCGCGAUACGAUAAUUUUUGGGCGCCAGGCGCGACUAUUCACGCCACUCUAAAGCACGUAAAACACCAAGUUCUUAAGACUCGGUAGCUCGGUAUGAGAUUUCCCCUCU